AUGAAUCGAGAAGACAGAAGGGUACGAAAUCGCCUGUCUCAAAAAGCGUUUCGCGCGCGACAGGCAUUGCGCAUCAAGGAACUAGAGCAAAGACUUGAGAAUCUCCCGGAAUCAGAGAGCGAGCGCGUCUCCCAACUGGAGGAGCACAACACUCUGCUUCGCCAGCGCCUGUUUGAUAAUCACAAGAAGAUGGAGAGCCUCCAGGUCUCUCUCAAGGCUCUUAUCGACUCCACAGCCAAAUACCUUGAUCUCAUGAUCAACGAGGAUACCACUUGCAGAGGGGAGGAAGUCUCAUCCGCGAAGAAUUCUUCUCCUCAAGCGCCAGAGGAGGCUAACUUCCCUCAAAAUGCGUCUUAUCCUCUGGUAGGAGUGCCAUGCCCCUCAGCUGCUGAUAACUCUAUUUGCGAGAAUUUGUUCGAUUUCGACACCAGUAUUCCUCAGGCCCAGGAGAUCGACACAGUCUGGAUUGACGAUUCUCUGUACUCAUACGAAAUUUCACACGAGUCGCAGAAGGAUCCGCAUGUUUCCGCCGAUAGACAACUAGAUGGGCCGUCAAACAUGAGAGAUCAAAUUCAAUCGUCAGUCUUGCUUGCAAAUGGAAAAGCUGCGUCAUCCAGAGACAAUUGCCUGAACGAUCCGGUCUCUCAACUUCCCUUAUCCUUCACCUUGGCCCAGUUUGGCCCAGCCUCGUAUGCUGCAGCGUCUCAAGCUGGCCCUCUUCUGUUCACUGGAGCCCAGGGUCAGUUGCAUGCCACUCAUUCGAUGCUGUCAAAUCACAUUGGCUCCAUGGAGUAUUUCCUCAAAUUGAACCUGUCGACAUCUCGUAGAUCACAAAACCGGAACAUUUCGUCGCAUCUUGAUGAUCACAUUACCGCCGCAGUAUCGCUGAUCUUCUCGACUUUUGUCGCAAUGUCGUGGCAUACUAUGACAGCAUGGCAUGCUUACUUGAAAGUACAGCCUGAUCUGACUAGUCUCAUGGAAUGGCGGGUGAAUCCUAGUCCAAAAAAUCUGUCCAAGGUGCCACCGUACUACCGACCAACACAGUUGCAGCUUUCUGUUUCAUACCCGGCAGUCAUUGACUGGAUGCCGUGGCCAUCGAUUCGUGACGCACUUAUAACGUACCACUCCGCGAACCCGAGGUUGGACGAUCUCAUUUUCGAGAUCGCGUCAAGCUAUGUUAUGGAAAUCGAUUUGUCGAAAUUGGUGUCAGGCUUCUCGUCGACCCCAGGCUACGUGUCAGUUUGGGACCUAGUGCAGGCAAUAUCCCCAGAAACGACAUGCACCAAUUUGCCUUCUUCCACGGGCUUUUCGGUAUGGAACUGCUCAGCUCGGGACAACGCAUCGAUUGACAAGACUUUCGAUGGCCCCAGCAACGACAUGAAUGAAGGGACCCAAUCCGAGGGCUCCCUUCCAGCUUCGAGCACGAGAGCUCUUUUCCAGUCAAAGAGGCUCGCAUUACAGGCCUUCAAGCUGUUGGGAAUGGAUCACGGACCCCACCAAUUCCGACUGGGACCUGACUUUUUUGAGAAACACCCCGAACUCUACGAUCCAAAUGCGAACAUCAUGGCAUCCGGUGUAUUUCUUCACCCCGACCGUCGUUGGUCUCUGUCCCAUCCCCAGCCGCUAGAUACUAGCAUGCUGGCUCGAUAUCGGGAAGUCACGUCGUGGACUUUGGAUGGUUAUCCCAAGACCUGUCCGAUGCCGGAUGUCAACUGCCUGGGGUAAUCCGUGGCCGCAUUCUAGGAUCAAUCGUGAGACUUCGGGAGGAUCGGUUCAUGCAAUCAUCGGAAGGAUGUGUUUAUGAUCGUCCCAAGUCACUUGGGGAAGGGUGGACUCCAGACCUGAGUUCCACCUUUUCAACCAACAACUCGGAUCGGAGACCUUUUGCAGCUAGCUUCAUCAGAAUGGAACGAGAGCCGUCGUUGCUCCGUUGUUCAACAUCCUCAGCCUGACUUGUUACUCUUCGUCCCAUAAAGUUGUUCCUGUAACAUGUUGAAGAU